CCUUGUGAGUGAACCGAGGCCCGUUAUAUCCUCCAUUGAAAAUAAUCGACUAUAUCUAUAUAAACAGGCUACACCUCUAUACCACGCUUAGUUAUAGUGACCAUCAUUAUACGGAGCGUAGUGGAUUUCUUUAAAAAAAACAAACAAGGAAUACAGCUGGGAUUUUUGAUUCUUUUUUUUCAACAGACUGAGCAGGAACCGCGGAGCGCCGGAGCAAAGGGUCACUACCCGGGACAGGGGCGCUAGCAUGUGGAAGAAUUGCGCGGAGUUCAGUAAACCCCAGGCCGUUAGCCAUAAAAUGCUAGCUAGAUGCGACAUGAGCGGCCAUGGCGGUCUUAACCAACUAGGCGGAAUGUUUGUGAACGGCCGGCCGCUGCCCGAGGUGAUCCGCCAGCGCAUUGUGGACAUGGCGCACCAGGGCGUGCGGCCCUGCGACAUCUCACGACAGCUACGGGUCAGCCACGGCUGCGUCAGCAAGAUACUGGGCAGGUACUACGAGACAGGAAGCAUCAAACCGGGGGUGAUAGGCGGGUCCAAGCCCAAGGUGGCCACGCCCAAAGUGGUGGACAAGAUCGCUGACUACAAGCGUCAGAAUCCCACGAUGUUCGCGUGGGAGAUCCGGGACCGGCUCCUGGCGGAGGGGGUGUGCGACAGCGACACGGUGCCCAGCGUGAGCUCCGUCAACCGGAUCAUCAGAACCAAAGUGCAGCAACCCUUCAUCCUGCCCCUGGAGGGCAAGGACCUGAACCCUGGACACAGCCUGAUCCCCAGCUCAGCGGUGACCCCCCCAGAGUCACCCCACUCCGACUCGCUCGGCUCCACCUACUCCAUCAACGGCCUGCUGGGCAUCGCGCACAUGGGGGGAGAGGGCAAGAGGAAGCACGAAGACAGUGAUCAGGAGAGCUGUAGGUUGAGUGUGGACUCGCAGGGCAGUGUGGGGAGCGCCCCCAGGAAGCAGCUCCGAGGGGAGCCCCCCUUCUCCGGCACGCUGGACUGCGGCUUCGACAGGCAUCCCUACCCCCCUGAGGCCUUCGCGUCGGCCAAUCACAGCAAGGCUGAGCAGGCUCUGUACCCCCUCUCCUUGCUAAACAGCAGCAUCGAGGAUGGCAAGCCCUCCAGCGCUGCCAUUGGUCGAAAUCUCAGCGCCCAUCAGGGAUAUUCUGUGGUAUCAGACUACCACAGCGCCCCCUUGUGCAUGAAGCAGGAAUCCUCUUCCACCUCAGAAGCGACACACGCAGGCUCCUCCCCCAACGGGCUGCCAAACCCCGCCCUGCUGGAGCUGCAGCCAAUCCAGGCUGCCGUCUCUGUGAACGGCUCUGCCCACAUGAGCCCCUUCAACGCGUUCACACCACACCCUCCCCACACGCCUCUGUACGGGCAGUUCAUCACGCAGCCCCUCCGGACAGGUCGGGACAUGGUGGGCUCCACUCUUCCGGGGUACCCCCCCCACAUCCCCAGCAGCGGGCAGAGCGCAUACAGCAUGGUGGCAGGCAGCGAGUUCUCCAGCACUGCGUACUCUCACUCCCCCUACACCUCCUACAGCGACGCCUGGAGGUUCACCAACUCGGGGAUCCUCGGCUCACCCUAUUACUACAGUUCUGCCGCCCGGACCGCCCCUCCCUCCACCGCGACCGCCGCCUACGACCACCUCUAGUCGCCACGGAAACGGUCAUCCCACAAUCAGGAGGGACAGGAAACCAGGAGGAAAAAAAAACCAAAAAACUUUAUUUAUAAAAUAAUAAUAAUAAUAAUAAUAAUAAUUAAUAAAUACAUAAAUGAAAAAGGCAGAGGUGAAUGAACGACACCGCCAGGAUCGGCCCUCGUGUUAACAGCGUGGUUCUGAAGCAAUGAAACAAACUGUCUUGUUCUGUUAACUGUUAAAAGGCUCGCUUGAGUCUUAUUACUCUUUUUUUUUUGUUUAAAAGUGAUGCUCAGAUUUUUUUAAAAUGUAACCCUGAAAUACACUGCAGGUGACCUGAUUUGGACUAUUUAGUUCAGUCACCACAGUGAUGGGGAUAAGACUCCCGUUAGAGAGCAGUUUGAUCCCUUCCUGCUUUCACUGUGAGUUUAAUAAUCAGACGCACCUGAGUUUGCUCGCUUUUUUUAAUUUUAAGUCGUCACCAAUGUUUAUUUUACCCCAGGUUUUCUCCCCAAUUUGGAAUGCCCAAUUAUUAUUUUGAUCCCGGUUCACCGCUGCAACCCCCCAGCGACUCCGAAAACGGAGGCUGAGACACGCGUCCUCCGAAACACGAUCCUGCCAAAUACGUCAUUUUCCACAGCGAAGCCACCACACCUACAGUGCCGGAGGACAACGCAGAUCUGAAUGGCUCCACUGCAGACCCGCAGGCGCCCUAUCGGCCACAGGGGUUGCUGGUGCCCGUUGCCCUGCCGACCUAAGCCCUCCCUACCCGGUCGCUCGACCAAUUGUGCGCCGCCCCCUGGGAACCCCCGGUCACUGACAUAGCGAGGAUUUGAACCUGCGCUCUCCAGGCUACAGGGCGCAUCCUGCACUCCACGCGGAGCGCCUUUACUGGAUGCGCACACCGGAGCUUGUUAGCUAGACACUCUGGGGCUGAUCAAGCUGCUAGUAAAACCUGGACUGGGUGACGCUGCUGUGCAAUAGGAGUCUGAUUGCCCGCCCUGUGCUGAGCAUGUUUGUGACAGACAGUCUUGCUAGUUUGGUGUAAAUACUGGAAACGAGACAAAUCGAGAAACUCUCUCCUCGAACCGCACUGGUCAGGUGUAAGAAACACACAACGUUUUGAUUUUUUUUUUUCUUAUUAUUAUUAAGUUAAUAAAAGCUGUUGUUGAAAUGACCGGAGAGCGCGUCCGCUCCCAAACACCGCCUGUUGUUUUUUUUGUGUUUGUUUGUUUUUCCUUGUGGUUUUUAUUACCGAGGAUGUAAAUAAAUGAUUUCUAUAAGAAGUAUUUUAAUUAAAAUAAAGCAUGUUACGAAACA